AUGUUCCCCACGAUACCUCGUCGAGCUAUACCGGGAGAGAUAGAUGGGCGUGCGGGCGUCGUGAUGCCGGCCGAGGGGGUCGAGCCGCCGGUGCCCGCUGCUGCGCUCGUCGUCGCCAGAGUUAGGAGCGUGAGAGGCGUGCUGACCGGGGCGGCGGCUGUGUUUGUCGUUCCUGUUACCGUGGCUAUUGCUGUGGUUGUGCCUGUGACUGUCGUCGAGCCGGUCACGGUGCUGAGCGACGAUGCUCUACUGGCACCGCCGCCGGCGGGAAUCAGUGGCGUCGAGGUGGCAGCGCUGGUGGAUCGGCUGGAUGGCGACGAAAUAAUGGCGCUGGAGUUACCGCCGGGUGAGAUACCUGAUGCUGAUGCCGAUGCCGAUGCGCUGGUACCGGCUCCUGGGCUGCUGGUGGCUGGUGUACCGCUGGCCGAUGAGGCUUCGGCCGAGGCUGAGCCACCUCCAGGUGCGAUGCCCGAUGCAGAUGCUCCGGCUCCAGUUCCGCCCGCCGAGCUCACUGUAGAUGAGGGGCUCGCAGAGCUGCUCGCCGGUGGCACUGCGACUGGCACCGGGUGCUCCUCCGGCUCCUCCAGCCCCUCCCGGGCCCGAAGUAGGCAGAGCACUGUCGCGGAGAAAGUGGACGCCGAGAUUGUCGAGGCUGGAAUCGUGGACGGGGGGAUUGUCUGGGUAACCACGACAGACGUAGGUGGAAGAGAUGGACAGGAUACAGAACCGGUUGGACUCGAGGUGGGGGAAGAAGAUGCUCCGGAUGGUUUGCCAUUGCCGCCAGGAGCACCACCACCAGGAGCACCACCGCCAGGAGCACCACCGCCAGGAGCACCACCGCCAGGAGCACCACCGCCAGGAGCACCACCGCCAGGAGCACCACCGCCAGGAGCACCACCGCCAGGAGCACCACCGCCAGGAGCACCACCGCCAGGAGCACCACCGCCAGGAGCACCACCGCCAGGAGCACCACCGCCAGGAGCACCACCGCCAGGAGCACCACCACUGGGAGCUCCUCCGCCAGGCGAGGGAGCACCACCACCGGGUGAGGGGGCACCACCACCGGGUGAGGGGGCACCACCACCGGGUGAGGGGGCACCACCACCGGGUGAGGGGGCACCACCACCAGGCGAGGGACCACCACCACCCGGCUGA